UCAAUAAAAGAAAAUAGGUCAAAACACAUCUGAGCAGAAGGACCCGAUGCAAUGCUGUUAUAUGACGGCACAUCGCCCCUUCAUCCUGCAGACCGUACGGGGAUCCAUGCGAUAGGGUUUGAACGGAUCGUCGGGCAGUUCGGCUUUUGCCGAUUCUGAGAAAAUCUAUUUGAAGUAAUCAGUUUGGGGUUCACGUAGCUGCAAGCUGUUUCUAGAGAGUACUUUUAUUCUUUGCAUAACAUUAAUGUUGGGCUAAAAAUGUCGUAUGAAGAAGUUUUGAAGGCUGUUUUCCCGUUGCUGGAAGGGACUGACCUUGCUAGCUGUAUGGUGGUGUGCAAGCAGUGGAGGGAGCUGGCCCAAGAUGAUUACCUGUGGAAAUGCUUAUGUGCCAAGAAAUGGCCUUCAAUCUGCAAGCAGUCAUCGCCUACCUCAAUGACCUACUGCAAACUAUUCCAAACUUUCUAUAAACGCCAGCAUCGCCGGGUUCUCCUGCCACCAAGGUUAUCCUUCAGCGACUUGGAGUUUUACAUUGACAUUUGGACAGAGGAGAGUUUAAUCUUCUCAGAAGUGGUCCCAGGCCCUGUUUUCCGAAAUGGAAUCAGGACCUUGCCGGCAGGAAUUUGUGACAUGCUAAAGCUUCAUCUGGAGGGCCCAGAAUAUAAGAUGACACUGCCGGUGGAGCCAAGGUUUACUGUUCCCCUGAGCCAGAAAGUCAGUGUCUCAGUGCUUGUGGGGCGGAAGGAUACCAACAAAGUUGCUUGCAUUAUCUACAAAUCAAUAUUUGACUACAUAGAUCGCACGGCCUACAGGGCUCUUGCAUUUGACUACCUUGAAUUCUCCCCCAUCUACCCGUUCGUAUCGGGGAUUCGAGCAUGGAUUUCUUUACUCUUUAUGGACGAGGGCAAUGAAGGGGUGAUUGAUGUUUUUGGGAUUGAAAUGGAUUUCUGUGAUGCUGCCAACUCGGAGGGCGAAGUACUGUGGCUGUUAGACAUGCUCGACUGGAAGUGAAGUGGACAGAAUCCUGUCUGGUAUUUGCAGGGACAGCUUGGGGGCUGUAGUUGAACAGUGUCAGACUCCUAACUCCUUCCCCCUGCCAUGUUCUUGAAGAAUGAAGCCUGCAAGCAUCAUGGCUGCUUUGGUGUCUUUACUUUUCUUGUGCAAAGGAUGUAUAUAAUUGUUAUAUUGCUGAUGCAGAAUAACGAGGGACCAAUUGCAUUAUUGUGAACAUGUUUCAUGACAUUUUCUUAUGUUUGAUCUGUCCAUCUUGUUUCCUUUU